UGUCCCUUUGUCCCUCCACCCCGGGCCCCUCCACCGUUCCUGCAUCAUGGGAGCCGCCUUGGGCCCCGGCUUGGUGUUGUUGCUGCUGACCAGUCUCCCCCUGGUCCUGGGAGAUCCCAUGUACUCCAUCAUCACACCCAACAUCAUCCGCCUGGAAAGCGACGAGACUGUGGUGCUGGAGGCCCACGAUGUGGCGGCGGACACCCCGGUCUCUGUCACCAUCCACGACUUCCCGGCCAAGAAGCAAGUGCUGUUCAGUGAGAAGCUGGUGCUGACCAGGGCCACUGGUUACCUGGGCAACGUCACCUUCAAGAUCCCCAGCAACAAGGACCUCAAGCCAGGCAGUGGUCCCAAGUACCUGACGGUGCUGGCGGUGUUCGCGGGCACGACGACGGUGGAGAAGGCCGUGCUGCUCAGCCUGCACAAUGGCUACCUCUUCGUGCAGACCGACAAGACCAUCUACACGCCCGGCUCCUCAGUCCUCUACCGGGUCUUCACCGUGGACCACAACCUGCUGCCCGUAGGCCGGACGGUGAUCAUCACCAUCGAGAACCCUGAAGGCGUCGCCGUCAAGCGCUCCACCUUGUCCUCGCACAACCAGCAUGGAAUCUUGCCCUUGUCCUGGCCCAUUCCGGAGCUGGUCAACAUGGGACAGUGGAAGAUCCGGGCCUUCUAUGAGCACUCACCACAGCAAGUCUUCUCAGCUGAGUUCGAGGUGAAGGAGUAUGUGCUGCCCAGUUUCGAGGUCAUCUUGGAGCCCGUGGAGGAAUUCUACUACAUCGAUGAGCCGCAGGGUCUGCAGGUCACCAUCAUGGCCAGGUUCCUGUAUGGGAAGAAUGUGGAUGGAACCGCCUUCGUCAUCUUUGGGGUUCAGGAUGAAGACCAGAGGAUUUCACUGGCCCAUUCCCUCACCCGCGUUGAGAUCGUGGACGGCCACGGUGAGGCCACUCUCAAGCGACAGGUGCUGCUGGACGGGGUGGAGCUCGCUCGGCCCGAGGCCCUGGUGGGGAAGUCACUGUACGUGUCGGCAACCGUCCUCCUGCAGUCCGGCAGCGACAUGGUGGAGGCUGAGCGCACUGGGAUCCCCAUCGUGACCUCCCCUUUCAAGAUCCACUUCACCAAGACACCCACGUUCUUCAAGCCCGCCAUGCCCUUCGACCUCAUG